AUGAGCACUAAACAGAAGAAGCGUCCCAUUAUCCGCAUCCAGCCACAGAGCGCGUACGACAAGGAAAGUCGCGAUGCUGCCCUCAGAGCUCGCCGUCUUCUCCCGUCCCCCCCAGAUGUCGUCAAAAGCAACAGGCCAGCAGAGGAGGAGCGCCAGCGCAUGAAUGCAUUCAAGUUUGGCAAUCCACCCUCUCUGCUCGACAAGGCGUCCCUCUUUCCCCCGCAUUCCCGUACAUCAAACGACUCUCCUUCCCCGCAGACUCCGCCAAGCCCCCUCAGCUCUGCCUUUCAUCUCCCCGACGACUCUUUUGCCCAGCUUGAGCUACAACUAAACCCUGCUGCUGACCCUCAUCUCCUUCUCAAGACCAACGACAACAGCCCCUCCACUCCCAUCAUCGUAGAAAGUCCUGUCCAGCACCGUUUUUCUCAGGAUAUCCUCGUCAUCGACCAUGCACCGCCUAUUUUAUCUGUCGAUCCUCCAGCCACUCGCAAGCGCGGCAUGACAGAUUCCACCCCCCGCAAAUCACUCAAUCCGUUCAAACGAGACAAGGAAAAGUCCCUGCCAAUCCCCGUCCCUGAAAUUAAAAAUUCACCAUCAAACGACAAUCCACCUACCUUGCGUCCCCGCCGCCUCACCAUGAGCGCCUCUCUCAACAACCUUCGUCGUUCCUUUAUCGGUUCCCUCUCUCGCUCUAGUCCUUCAGAGUCUACCUCGAAAAAAUCCUUCAACGCUUCACAUCUACCCCCCUCCCCCACUAUCCCUGCUCAAUUUGCUGUCCAGGCCACUGCCAGUCUCGGUUCCCGUCUUGCUAGUCCACUCCCAAGUCCCACUCCAGACGAUCAUGUCCCUCUUUUAUCUCCCUCGGCCAGAUCUCCCCGUCCGGUCGUCAUGUACAACCGGGGCAGUAUCCUUCUGGAGACUGCCAACAUCGAGGAUGAUGAAGUCAGGCGAAUGACAGAACUCGCCUUUCUCGGUUGA